GAAAGGUACAUUAACUAUAGAUGUGACAGUGUAAUCGUUUGUACUUACAACUUUUAAAGAGCCAGGACUGUCUACACACAGCUAAAAACCAACUUUAACUGAGGAGUCCGCAAACAACCAGAAGCGAUAGAGAGGUUCAAACGUUUAUUUCAAUUUCGCCCACGGCGCCCGCUAGCCAAUAGAACUGCAAGAGGACGAUCUUGGUAACCAAUCAGAGCAGAAAUCCCGAUCGUCACUUCCUUCCACAGUUUCGCUCGCUAGUAAGCUAAGCAGGCUAGGUAGCUAACUAGCUGCUAAUAUUGCCCCUUAAUGUUUUUCUGAUAUUUGCAGGUCUUAUCUAAGAUGAAUACGAAACGUUUAAAGUCUGGUUGAACCCUUUGCAAUAUCUUACUAGUCUUGUGUCGCGUCAGAGACCUCUUCAAGUCUUAUUUGUUAGUCACCUGCUAGCAAGCGUUGGCUAACUGUAUUCAUCCAACACCAUGGCAAGUGCAGGGAAUGCAAACUUGAACGCAGUCCGGGAGACAAUGGACGUGCUGCUGGAGAUCUCCAGGUUGCUAAACACUGGUUUGGACAUGGAGUCUCUGUCCAUAUGUGUGAGACUGUGCGAGCAGGGCAUCAACCCAGAAGCCUUGUCUGCUGUCAUCAAGGAACUGCGUAAAGCUUCUGAGUCCCUCAAGGCUUCUGAAAACUGCGUAAACUGAAGAUGAAAACCAAUAACCUCAGUUUGGGAACUUUAAUGGGAUUAUGCCCCGUUUCAUGGAUCUGUUCUUACCGUGGGCUCUCCAGCCAAUCAGAUUUGUGUUUGUGUUGGCAGUCUCUCCUCUGCGCCUCCUCGGUGACUAACAUGCUCCUGUGUGUCUGAGUUUUUGUGUAGAGAUAUCUGCCUCAGUCCUCUUCCUAAAAACAAGUCUUCUCCCGAAACGAGGAAACACUCGGACUUUCUGCCUGUAAUUUAGGCUUUCUCGAAGUUUCUCCUACUGCCAUUUGUAAAGUGUAAGUUCAGAGUUGUAUUAGCGUUGCCAUCCUGCCUUAAUUUAAGAGCAUAAUUCUAAUUUCUGAUAGUCAACUUGUGUUGCACUAUUCACGAGGAAAUGUUUUGUAUUACGUUUUUGUUUGUUGUUUUUUUUGAAAUAUCUAUAAUUUGUUAAGAUUUUUUUUUUUUUUAAUUUUGUGUAAGCAUAAAGCAACUUAAUCCUUUUGCCAUUUUUGUUGUCCAUGUAACCAUCAAUGAUGGAACAAAAUCUAAAUUAAAAUGUUGCAGUCAACGACCGCCA